UAUUGUCACUGACUAUUUUCUCUUGUUUUUAACAGUUUGGCUAAACAGGUUAUGGGCACUUCACACAAACCUGCAAGAAAACUCAUCAAAUGUCCUAACUGUGGUAAAAAGUUGAGCGGGGCUUCAAGUUUAAGAAGUCACUUAAGGAUUCAUAGUGGAGAGAGGCCAUACAAAUGUACACAGUGUAAUAAGAGCUUUGUUCACUCCAGGUAUCUGAAAAUGCAUCAAUUAAGGAUUCAUAGCGGUGAGAGGCCAUACAAAUGUACACAGUGUGAUAAGAGCUUUGUUUACUCAAGUGAUUUAAAAAGGCAUCACAUCAUUCACAGCGGUGAGAGACCACACAAAUGCAGCCAUUGUGAUAAAUGCUUUUGAAGGUCAUCAAACUUAAAAGAGCAUUUCAGGUGCCACACUGGUGAGAAACCUUUUAAAUGCCCUCAGUGUGACACAUACUUAAGCCGGUCAUCACAUGUCGAAGCACACCUGUGGAAUCAUGCUGGCUUGAAGCCACACAACUGUACAUACUGUGAUAAGGGUUUUAAUCAGUCUACUGAGUUGAGAAUACAUCUAAGGACACACACUGGGGAGAAACCUUAUAAAUGCCAUAAAUGUGACAAGUGUUUUGCUACAAGUAAUUACGGAUCACGUCAUAGAAGGUCAUGCUGUGGACGCAAGACCUUUCAGUGCAGCCAGUGCAAGCAAGGUUUACAAACUGAGAGGGGAUUUAGACGACACAAGUGUAAAGAACUCUCUAAAGAAGACAGAGAGAAGUUUACCUGUUGGAUGUGCGGGGAAUUUUUUAAUGAUGUGUGUGGAAUUCUUUACCACAUGUACAAACAUGGAAUGCAAAAAGCGUAGUUUCUAAGUAUUACCGUGCCUAAUAACCCCUUGCCAUGAUGGCAAGACAAAUUUUAACAACCAGGUCUUUAGGGUGAGCAGCCUUUUUGGGUAGCGUGGUAGCAAAAUGACGCACUUUCAUAACACAAUUGAUGAACUCUUCAACCCCUAAGAUCCAAUAUGCAAUUCUCUCUCUGACCACUAUACAUUUCCUUGUAAAUAAGCAGGGAGAAUUUAGUGUUAUAUCAUUAUCAAUGACAUCCUCUAGCUGAUGAGUA